AUGUAUAGUUUGUAUAUUAAUUUCAAUGAAGUCAAUUAUUAUCCUCUGGAAUCCAAGAACAAAGAAAUCAGUUUAAAGGAUAAAUUCAAGUCAAUAAGUCAGAUAAGUGAAAAUAUUAAACUGUUAAAUAAAGUAAUAAAUAAAACAAAUACAACUGAGGUCGUAAAAAAUAACGAGAAGGACGUGAAAAUACUGGAGAAUCUAAAUGAUGGAAUCCAGCUACCGUUGAUAUGGAAACUGGAAUCAGAUAUAAGAUUAAGUAAAAGGUAUGGAAAUAUUAUAAAAAUUAAUAAAAAAGGUGACGAUAUUGAAGUGACGGUUAAUGAAUACAAAGAAAUUCUAAACUAUAAAUUCACAUAG